AUGUUCAAGCAUAGAGAUAAUAUUGCCCACUCCCCUUUUACUACAGAUCCACAGGGAAGUGGAGCUACUACCAUGAGAGCGGUGAAUUUCGCCCAAGACCAGCAGUCUUCUGUUAAUAGAGGCAAUAGAUCUACACUUACUGGAGCUAUUCCAGCUACUGCAGUGGCGAAGAAACGUCCUCGUGAUAUUCGUGGAAUUGAACGUUUUAGAGAAGUUGUUUAUGGAGAAAAGGGACUUCCUCGAUUUCAUGCCAUGAUCUCACGUAAUCCAAUACUGAUGUAUCCUCCAGAAGGAAUAGAUGCUGCUCGAGGACGAUUGCAAAAGAAACAGGAAGAAGAAGCAACAAACUCACAUUGUCAGACACUGAAAGAAAACCAAAGACCAAUGGAAAAUGGAGAUGAGGCAUUAUGGGCCAUGUUUGAAGAACGAAAAGCCGCAGAAGAAUUAGAAGAAGAAGUGUUCUCUACAGAGAAGGAAAAAACAAUGAUGGGAAAAGAUUCCAUAGAGGGAAAUGAGGCUAUUGAAGAGAUAGCACCAAACCCCUCCUCUUCAACUGUUAAUCCUCCUGAUUCCAUUUCUCCUUUGGGAGGGAAAAGUGAUAAGGAAUUGGCAAAUUAUCAUCAUCGUCAGUUAGAUGCUCUUAUUGGACUUUAUUAUGAAUUUAAUCAUCUCACUUUCAUGAAAUUACCGAUAAGUGAUACAUUACAAUUACUACAAAGAUGUGGUAAGGAGGCAGUGGCACAUACAUUAGAGUUUGAAAUGCAGUUACGCAUGCGUCGUGAAACUCGAUUAAAGGAAUUGGAAAAUUUAGAUAAAGAGGAGAAAGAAUUAAAGCAACGUGAAUUGGAAGCACAGGAAAUGGUGCUGGCAAUGGAACUACAAGCAGCUGAAGAGGCACAUCACACCUUGGAGUGUACAAAUAAUGAUGAUGUCGGUGAUGAUGAUGAUGUUGUUCCUGUAUUACCAUAG